AUGCACCCGCCGCCCAGGUCCAUCUUCACAGGAAGCGCCGCAGCACCGCACACACCGAACCCGGAGACCCGCCGCCUGAGCACGCCCGAGUACCGUGAGAGCCUCGCGCCCGCUGCUGAGGCCUCGAAGCCGUCGACACCGCUCGGGCACCCGUCGCAGCAGCAGCACCAGCAGCAGCAGCAGCACCAGCAGCAGCACCAGCACCAGCAGCACCAGCACCAGCACCAGCACCAGCACCAGCACCAGCCCCUCCCCGCAGAGCCCACGCCCACCCUCGAGACCCCAUGGACGCAGCGCACGCCCGUCGCCCGUAGUGACCCUCUCUGCACUCCCUCCUCGGCAGGGCCCAGCCGCGGCGCCCGGCGGACCAGCGUCGCUGCGCAGACACCGCCGUCGCUCCCAGGCACGAAGCGCCCGCCGCCGCUCGACCACCUGCCCGCCUCUCCGCACGCGCCGGAGCCCGCCAGCGAACCGCUGCUGAAGCGUCGACGCGUGACCCGGACGCGCCACUCGCUCGACCAUCUGAGCUUCGGCCGGCCUGCCAAUCUCUACGACAACGGGCAGCCCCCCUCGCCGCUAUUCUUCUCGCACUCGCGCCGCAGCCGACCCCACCUGCCAGCGCGCUUCUCGAGCUCCGAGGCCGCGGCCAGGAUGCUCAGCAAGACCCGCGAGGACAGCGGCAUCAAGACGGUGACACUGGCGCGGGGCACCUUCGCCGGCCUGAGUCCCCCAGGGCCGACGAGCGCGGCGAGCGGCAGGAGCUCUGAGCGCUCCAGCCUGCCCCGGACAGCGUCGCCCGACGCCCGCGACCGCAAUGAUCCCUUGCGCCUGUUGGGCUCGGUUGGCAUUGUGGAGCUCCUCGAGCAGGACACGCGACCAACCUUCAUCGUAGACAUUGGCCAUGCUGCAAACUACGAGCCAGACGCGCCGGGCUUGCAGAUCCUCUUUGCCAACAGCGCCUUGCGUGCGAGCUCCGCGACGUGGGAGCUGGUUGCUGGAAACUUGUCCAGCCUGGCAGGAGACGACCCGACUGCACAUGCGUCCACCCAAUUUAGAGGAUGGCUGUUGAGCACCGUGAUACAAGGCGAAAGUCUCGACGUGAAUCCUUCGCCGGUGGAGCACGGCGGCAUAGUGUGGUCAUGCUAUACCUUGCGCAAGCGUCUGCGGGUGGUAUCUGGCGCAGUACCCGGCCCUCCUGCAUCUAGCAUCCCUUCCACAAGUGCCUCGCUUGACUAUGCCGCUCCUACUCCGUCAAAAGAACCCACACCCGCCACGGGCAUGGACCCAUCUCCAGCACCGCCCACCGAACCCCAGGACUACUUUGGCACCGCCCCCGUCCUCGCUGCCGGUGAAGAUUCUGACCAGGAGCUACACCUUGCUCUGUCACCCGAACACGUCCCAAAAUCCGAGCCAAUACACGCCGGUAAACCGUCCAUAGUCCCUUUCCAAAGACCAGAUAAGCUCAGUCUGCCAAAUUUCAGCGAUAGUCCGUCGUUUACCAACGAGUGCGUGCUUCGUGCCCAUGCUGCAGGCGACAUUGACGCUUUCCAUAGACCUACAAACCCUAGCCCACCAUCGGAGCAUGAUGUGGGCUUCUUCGACUGGACUAGGCUGUCUUUAUCGCCUUCCUUACCCCGGCACAUCCAGUUCGCACGCUCGAUUGAUUGGGCCUCGACGCCUUUGGGCCCUAUAGAAUUUUGGUCCAACGACCUUAGAGCUAUGUGCAACCUCAUAAUGGCAUCUCCACAUCCCGCGGCUAUGUACUGGGGCGAAGAGUUGGUCGCCAUCUACAAUGAGGCUUAUAUCGGUCUUGCUGGCCAAAAACAUCCUACCCUCAUGGGUCAGAGCUACAAGAUUGCUUGGGCUGAAAUAUGGGAUGAAGUGAAAGACGUAUUUGCAAACGCGAGGAUAACUGGCCAAGCUACAAUGAAGGACGACGACUGUUUGUUUAUGAAACGCAGCGGCUUCUUGGAGGAAACGUACUUCUCGUGGUCUAUCAUACCCAUGGUUGGUGAGGAUGGUACCGUCACGGGUCUAUACAAUCCAGCGUUUGAAAAGACUAGGAGGAAAAUCGCAGAGCGCCGAAUGCUGACGUUGCGCGAAGUUGGCGAGCGAACAGCGACUGCACGAGACGUGAAAGCCUUCUGGGAACAAGUUCUCUCGGCUUUGACCGACAAUGAAUUCGACACGCCAUUCGUUCUGCUCUAUUCUGUAUCUGAUGACAUCGAUAGCGAUUCUUCUUCGUUACACUCUAGUAGCUUGCUUGGCUCGAAACAGUGCUAUCUGGAAGGCUCGCUAGGUGUUCCAUCUGGCCACACAGCAGCACCCGAGCAAAUCGACUUGAAAGAAGGCACCGAAGGCUUUGGUCCCGUUCUCAGAGAAGUCAUGAAGACCGACAAGCCGGUUGUGCUUAGUAUUGGUUCUGGAGAUCUUCCUUACGAAAUGCUGGAUGGUCUGGAAUGGCGCGGUUUCGGAGAUCCAUGUCGGGACGUGGUCAUCUGCCCAAUCCAUCCCACUACCGGAGAAUCAAUUCUUGGCUUCUUGGUCAUGGGUAUCAAUCCAAGGCGCCCGUACGAUGACGAUUACAAUCUUUUUGUGCAACUGCUCAGCCGACAACUUGCGACAUCCCUGGCUUCCGUUGUCCUUUUUGAAGAGGAGAUUCGCAGAGGACAGAAGGCUGCGAAACUUGCAGCAGAGGACCGCUUCCAUCUUUCGGAACAGCUCGCCGCGCGUACACAAGAAGCUCGGGAUAGUGAAACUCGAUUUACGCGAAUGGCCGAGUACUCACCAGCCGGUCUCUUCAUUGCUGACCACGUUGGUCGUAUAACGUACUGCAACGAUACUUGGUAUGAAAUUUCUAGAGUACCGAAAGACCCUGAAAAAACCAAUAACUGGAUGGACUACGUCAAGAACGAAGAUCAGGGUCUAAUACACGAGAAGUGGAAGCGACUAGUCGAGAAUGCGACAGCGAUUAACAUAGAAUUUCGGUUUAAGACUCCUUGGCAAGAUCGGAAUGGUAACAAAGGUGACACGUGGGUGCUGUUCUCCGCUUUCCCGGAAAAGUACGAAGACGGCAUGUUGAAGAGUGUGUUCGGCAGUAUCACCAACAUCAGUUCCCAGAAAUGGGCUGAAGGGUUCCAGAAGAGGAAGAUGGAGGAGGCAGUGGAGUUGAAACGGCAACAGGAGAAUUUCAUCGAUAUCACGUCUCACGAGAUGAGAAACCCUUUGAGCGCUAUUCUGCAAUGCGCCGACGAGAUCUCGACUAUUCUCAGCGAUUUCCGGACAUCUGGCGUUCAGCAAAUACCCCCGCAGCUGCUCACUGAUAGUAUCGAUGCAGCGCAAACCAUUGCUCUGUGUGCACAGCAUCAAAAAAGAAUUGUGGACGACGUCCUUACACUCUCGAAACUGGAUAGUGCUAUGCUCAUGGUAACACCCGUCGACGCACAGCCAUUACAAGUUGUUCAACGCGCCCUCAAGAUGUUUGAAGGAGAAGUGCAGACAGCAGGCAUCCAGAUGCAAUUUGUGCUUAGUGACUCGUAUAAGGAGCUCAACGUCGACUGGGUGAAGCUUGAUCCUUCCCGUGUGCUUCAGGUACUCAUCAACCUCACAACGAACGCUAUCAAGUUUACCACCACUGAGUCGAGCCGCACUAUAAAAGUAUUACUUUCAGCAUCGAGGCAGCCACCUUCCGCCAGCCCUGCGCCUCUAGUCAGCUUCUUCCCGUCAAGAUCAAAGCGCGUCGAGCAGACUCUUGGACCAGACUGGGGCAAUGGAGAAGAAAUCUACCUAGAAUUUGCCGUGCAGGAUACUGGGCGGGGUUUAAACCCCGAAGAGAAGAAACUGCUCUUCCAACGGUUUUCUCAAGCCAGCCCUCGUACGCAUGUGCAAUAUGGUGGUUCAGGUUUGGGCCUGUUCAUUUCUAGGGAGCUCACUGAGCUUCAAGGCGGGGAAAUUGGCGUGGCAUCCGAAGCCGGCAAAGGGAGCACGUUCGCCUUCUACGUCAAAUGCCGCAAGACCACAGAACCUAAAGAAACAAUAGAGAUGCCGAUAACACUUGGCCGGAAAAUCUCGAAUGCGAAGGAGAGACCUCACGUCCACCCGCCGCCACCCAGAAUCAAGGAUUUUGCGGCGGUGACGCACGGAGAUACGGUUAACAACAAGAACAAGGCCCAGAGCCCAGGUCUGAAAGUUUUGAUCGUCGAGGACAAUUUAGUCAACCAAAAAGUUCUCCGCCGCCAGCUCGAGAACAGCGGCAUCAAAACCUACGUUGCUAAUCACGGCGGUGAAGCCAUCGAGAAGCUCAAGCAAUCGCGCUAUUGGAAGGGCCACGGCGCUGAUGCCGUCGACCUUGGGAUCGUACUCAUGGACAAGGAGAUGCCUGUGAUGGAUGGCCUGCAAUGCACCAGCAAGAUCCGGGAGUUUGAAGGCCAGGGGCUACUGAACGGGCACGUGCCUAUAAUCGCGGUCACGGCGAACGCGCGCAGCGAGCAAAUUGCUACGCUGUUAGAGGCGGGCAUGGAUGACGUCGUGUCUAAGCCAUUCCGCAUCGCAGAGCUGAUUCCCAAGAUCGAGGAACUGGCACUCAAACACGCGGACUCAAAGUCGGUCGAGGGGAUGGUAGUGCCCAGUCGCCCGAAUACGCCGCCCUACGCGAUAUGA